AUGCAGGCCAACUCCAUGUCCUCCUCCACGUCUGGCAAGCCGGUGUUCAAGAAUGGUAACUCAAGCGGGAAGACGACUGAUCUCCAGCAGAAAAAGGCAGAAGCCGAAGCUGAAAUUGAGGCCGCGAGGAAGAAGGAGGAAGAGCGGAUCAAGGAGGACCUUGCCGCUUUCAAGGAGCUGAAGGCGGAGUUCAGCACCCUCAGGAAGCAACUGGAAGAGGUCAAUCAAAAAGCUGAAGCGGACCGUUCCUCUAAUGAAAAGGAAAUGAAGCACAUCCGUGAGAAGCUGGAAUUGUCCCAGGAGGAAGCCCAGGAAAUGGCGGACAGCUGCGAAGGAUACAAGCGCAAGCUCGACUCGGCGCAAGAGGAGUUGGCCAAGGUAAAGAAGGAGAAGAAGGCACUGGAGAGGGAUGAAUGGAACAACCUUGAUCCAGAAUGCCACGGGCGUCAAUUCAACAUCAUCAACGUCUACGCCCGGAUCGCCCUGGAUUUUGGGGCAGACAACGGCACAAGAUGCCACGCCUGGAAUUGGGAUCCCAAAAAUGGCUCUCAGCCAAUGACGGUGGAGAGGGUGAAUACGGGCGAUUCCAACUCGCCGUGGACCAUCCGCUCCGGGAACAGAUACUUGGAGCUUCGUGACCCUAGCAGCGGAUCCUAUCAACCGAUGUGUUCUGCUCGCAGAUCCGGUUCAGAGGCCCGCAACCAAGAAUGGUUGAUUGGAUUCAACGGCUACCGGCCUGGGCAUUACUGGCUUUGGAACGAGGGCCAACGAUGCUAUCUCAAACUUGUGAGCGGAGAUUUGUUUAAGAACGGGUAA